GAGGGUGUCAGCAAGCCCCAGGAGCCGAGGACACAUCUUCAUCCAGGACCUGACCUGGGGACGGGUCCAGAUCUCCCAAUCUGAGCAGCCCAGAAAACCCGCCCUGCUUAGAAAGCCAGAUCCAGACGGCGUCCUGUUGAGCAGCAGCAUGUUUCUGAGAACGUAACUCAGUCUCCUCCCCAGGGGUGCUGCACCUUUCAGACCUGACAGAACAGUUUGGACCGUUCCGUCCUGCGUUUCUGACAGAAACAGCCAUGCCAGCUAAAGCUCCCAUAUAUCUGAAGCCCAUCAACAGUAAGAAGGGCAAAAAAUGUCGCCUCAGAGAUAUUUUGUCCCCUGACAUGAUCAGUCCGCCGCUUGGGGACUUUCGCCACACCAUCCACAUCGGCAGGGGCGGGGAGAAAGACGCCUUUGGAGACAUGUCCUUUCUUCAGGGGAUGUAUGAGCUCCUGCCUGGAAAGGGGGACGUUCAUCCUCAAUACGACAUCCAGUCUGAGUUCCUGCAGUCAAACAGCUCAGGGGACACUUCCUUUGCAGAGACGCCCUCACCAGUACUCAAAAACGCCAUCUCGCUCCCACCCAUAGGAGGCGGCCAGGCUCUCACGCUGCCACUGAUCUCCUCCUCCGUUUUGCCUCCAGAACCCCUGGAAGACAUCAUGGGACCUUCGUCUCCUUCAAAGGGUGACAGCCCGGAGGACGUGGAGAUCCUGCAGGUGGACGCUCUGUUGCGCUCCAUGAACAUCUUCGGCAGCGAGCCGUCGUCCCCCUUCAAAGAUAUCCCCUCAAAACCAGACGUCCUCUUGGAUCUGCUGGAAAACACGGAUAAAGCCAUCGCCAGAGCCAACAAGUUAAACGGAUUUGACCAGCCAUCGCCAUUUUUCAUCAGCAAUCACAGCAACAGCAUCUGUAAGGCCAACGGAAGCACGAACAAGAGCAGCUUCAGCAUCUUUAGCGGUAACGGGGACUUUCAAAGCAAGAUCUGCAACGACAACCGGAGUUUCAACGGAUACGGUAACUGUAACGGAAACAAAAACUGCUACGGAAACGGACACUUCAGCAAUGACAUUUUCCUAGGCUUCAAGCAGGAGCUCACCAAGUGCAAUAAGGACUGGGUGGACAGGGACAGUGGGGUGGAGGAGUUUGAGCUAGAGCUCUCCAAAGAGAAGAGCACAUCGCAGGAUUCCCUCACCCAGAUCACCGAGUCGCUCCUCUCCCUCGAGCUGGACCUGGGCCCGUCCAUCCUGGACGAUGUGCUCAACAUCAUGGAUAAAACCGCAGCAAAGAGAAGGCCUUAAGCUGCAUUAAAGUGAAGUAUUAUUAUUAUUAUUAUUAUUAUUAUUAUUAUUAUUAUAUAUCUGUCAACAGAUCGCCGCACACCCAGUUAGAUGACAGCCAUUUAGAGGGACUAACUUGUGAAUACACGAUUAGAAACUCUGCAAGUUCCAUAUUAGCAAUCUUUUUAAAAAACAUUUUAGUUCAUAAACGAUCAUCUCUAGUCAUGUCCUAUGAUUAACUUGAUCAACUUCCUCCAGGCUUUAAGGUCGGGUCUGUGCAGUGUGCGUUGAGUAUCUAAAACAAUGAGCCCAUACAAAAUGACAUCAUCAGCAUACAAAACAACUCCAAAGAAAGAGCAGAAGUACAGGUGUAACAAGAUCUGGCGGGAGAAACUUAUCACAAGAUUUCCCAUCAAAAUGAAAAAAAUUCCUGAACUGUCUUGUUUUAGUUUGGAUAAAAUAUUACUGAAUAUCUCUGCACCAGUUCAAAUUAUUUUUGUGGCGCCAAUAUAAACAUGUCAGGCACUAG